GCGGCGGCGGCGGCUGAGGCGGAGGCGGAGGGAGAGGAGUCGGCCCCGAUGUGAGGAGCGGUGCGGUCCGUCCGUCCACGCCCGCCGUCCGGCUCGGACCCGGCCCCUACCCCCACUCAGGCCGGCUGCACCAUGCGGAGCCGGCGGGGGUUGCGGCUCCCGCGCCGCUCGCUGCUCGCCGCGCUCUUCUUCUUCUCCUUGUCCUCUACCUUCCUCUACUUCGUCUAUGUGGCGCCCGGCAUAGUGAACACCUACCUCUUCAUGAUGCAAGCCCAAGGUAUUCUGAUCCGAGACAACAUGAGAACAAUAGGCGCUCAGGUGUAUGAGCAGGUGGUACGGAGUGCCUAUGCCAGGAGGAAUAGCAGUGUAAAUGACUCAGAUUAUCCUCUUGACUUGAAUCACAGUGAAACCUUCCUGCAAACCACAACUUUUCUUCCUGAAGACUUUACAUACUUUGCAAACCAUACCUGCCCUGAAAGACUCCCUUCUAUGAAGGGCCCAAUAGAUAUAAACAUGAGUGAAAUCAGAAUGGAUGACAUCCAUGAAUUCUUCUCCAGAGACCCUGCCAUCAAACUUGGAGGUCAUUGGAAGCCCAGUGAUUGUGUGCCUCGUUGGAAGGUGGCAAUUCUUAUUCCAUUCCGAAACCGUUAUGAGCAUCUCCCUGUUCUUUUCCGGCACCUAAUUCCUAUGCUACAACGUCAGCGUCUGCAGUUUGCAUUCUAUGUUAUUGAACAAGCCGGUACUCAGCCCUUCAAUCGUGCCAUGCUUUUUAACGUUGGCUUUCGUGAAGCAAUGAGAGACUUGAAUUGGGAUUGUUUGAUUUUUCAUGAUGUGGAUCAUAUACCAGAAAAUGAUCGCAACUAUUAUGGAUGUGGGCAAAUGCCAAGGCACUUUGCAACCAAACUAGAUAAAUAUAUGUAUCUGCUUCCUUAUAAUGAAUUUUUUGGUGGAGUGAGCGGCUUAACAGUAGAGCAGUUUCAGAAAAUUAAUGGCUUUCCUAAUGCAUUCUGGGGUUGGGGUGGAGAAGAUGAUGACCUCUGGAACAGAGUACAGAAUGCAGGCUACUCAGUGAGCCGGCCAGAAGGUGACACUGGAAAGUAUAAAUCUAUCCCUCAUCACCAUCGAGGAGAAGUGCAGUUUCUAGGGAGGUAUGCACUGCUGAGGAAAUCAAAGGAAAGACAAGCUCUGGAUGGCCUCAAUAACUUGAACUACUUUGCAAACAUCACAUAUGACGCCUUGUAUAAAAAUAUAACUGUAAACUUGACACCAGAGCUGGCUCAGGUGAAUGAAUAUUAAGAGGAAAGAAGAUAAGUUUGCUUUACCCAUCACCAAGACAACCUGGUGAAAUGUUUUGUAAACCUGCACAGGAAGAGAACAGGAAUACAGUGGCUAAUGAAGGAAUCACAGGGUUUGAAGAAUAAUAUUGCAAAAUGCACACACAAAAUAUCUUUGCUCUCCAGGCCCAGUUUGAUUGUGUAGCAAGUUUGGGAGCUUCAAUCAUCAGGACUUGCUUUCUAUUUUCCAAUGAUGGUGGUAUAUCCUGCUGCUCUUCUCUCUCCUGCACCUCCUCCCACCUCUCCAGUCCCUAUAUCUCAGCCACAAUCUCCAGGACCAGAACUGUGAUCAAACAUGGCCGUUGUCCUGCCACGGAGCUUGUUCUUCUGAAUGAUAUCUUCAUCUUUGCUUGUGGAGGCAAAGAACUAAUCCCACUACUAGGGCAGCUGCCUUUAUGAAAGAGCAAAUGAACCACUCCUCAUCCAUCCUGCUACAUUUGUGGUGUUUUUGUUUUAUUUUUUAAUUACGUUGGGAGGGGGGGGAGACGGGGAGGGUACAUAGAGAUAUAUAAUUCACUUCUUGAAGAAGUGAAUAUGUAAAUAAGCCGUGUAAAUUGCCUCUUCUUUUUUUAAUUUAAUUUUACUGUUGACUUGGAUUCAAGCAGAGAGUUUACAUAUUCAAUCACUUAUUUAGUUGACAGGUGCCAGGCUUAUUUUAAGUGUAGUUGUAACAUGUCUUUUAUCAUCGAAAUUCUUAGCUGUGUGGGGAGAUGUUUCCAAAAGGAACAAAAUGUCUGAUUUAUCAGUUUCAUAUUUUUUGUAGCUGAUGUUUCCUCUGUUUCCCCUUCCUGGCCCUGGCUUUUGAUGUUGUUGACUCUUACUCUGCUCCCUCUCCCCCCCCCCUCCCCUUUCUUAAUCAUUUCCCCCACCCCUGGAGGGUGUGAAAUAUGACCGUGCCUGCCCAGAGCCAGAUCCCUAUAAUACUCUCUUUGACACCAUUGCCCAUCUGUGCUCUGUCAGAGACGUCCGGGCUCUCCGGAAAUCAACUAAUCACACAAGUUUAUUCCUAAAUUAACAGUGGCUUCAAUGGUUUCUCUUCAUUUUGCUCUUUUUUCUUCUCAAAGGAGUUGUUUAGUUAUUUUCACAUUUAACAAAUUUUUGAAAUCUUUAAAAUUCAGCCAGGGAGCAAAUGAUAUAUAGAUGUCAGUGAGCAAAAGCACAACUAAAAGGACAAUGUUGACCAACAGUCAAAGAAAACUUUUGAAAUAUGAGAAUCAAAGUACCCUUUUUUCAUAUCUGUUAUGUUUUGAGGCCUGAUUCCAAAUUACAUUUCGGUCAGUACAUCUUAAAUCUUCUUUGUGUACAACUCACCGAUUUCUAUAGGACCUAAAAAAAAUCUCCCAAAAUGUCUGUUCUGGGAAGCAUCAGAUUUAUUAUUAUUUUUUAACAAAAGUAUAUUUAUAUAUUGUGAUUGGGAAUCCUCUCUGAAGAGUACUUCAUAUUUUCCUUUGCUUUAUUUGCCUUAGUUUGCCUCUAUAACUUUCAUGGUUUACAUAAGUAUGUACAUAUGUCAGAAUUCUUUUUUCCAUUGUUGCAUGUAUUUGGUUUCAUGGAAAUAUGAUCCCCUCGCCCAUGGGCUGUGGGUGUGAUUGGCCAAGUCUGGUUGUUUUCUGUUUUUUUGUCUCUCGGGGACUCAAUUGGUAUCUAGAAAAUGUGGUAUUAUAGGUUGUCUUACUUAUCAGCUUGUAUGAGAGUCCGGGAAACUGUUCUUGAGAAAGCUGGUAAGCCGUCAUGUUUUUUAAAAGUAUUUUGAACACACGUGCUUUACAACAACUUUAUGAGGGAACAUGAUACACAGGAUUUUUGUUCAUAGAGCAUAUAGCAAUAAAGAGUUGAUUUUGUUCCCUUCCUUUCCACCCCUUCCCCUCAAGAAAUGCAAAGACCCUUUUCAAAUUGGUAUUGAAAGUAUGAGCCCUGUAUUUAAUGUGAUGGUCAAGAAUUUUUGGAUCGAUUUGCUCUUCAGUUUUUUAAUUUAAAUAUUCUCUGUUUGGUGGGUAAUGUAUAUAUACAUGCCAGGAUUUUAAACUGAUUUAUAUUAGUUACAAAGCUCUGUUUUGAGAAUAUUUACCAUCUGGGACACACUUGCCCCAAAAUUUCACUUUAUUGUGAGAGGGGUUGAAAGAGCAGAUUGAGAUACUAUCUGUUUUAUUAUAUAAAGUAGAAUCACUUGUAUUUAUUUGCAAUCACGAAUUUCUUUCUUUGUUUUUUUUUGUUUUUUUUUUUUUUUUUGUUGUUGUUGUUGUUGGUAAAGGUGGAAUUUCUUAAUGUUGCACUGUUUAGUCAUUUAUUCCAGAAGUCAAAUGUAGUAAGAAUGACUGAUUCUUAAGAAAACAAACAAAAACAUACAGGCAAGUGCAUGUUUUCUUAACGUUGUAAAAGAAAGGUUCAUUUUUAAAAUGCAAGCCACCAGCCAAGUCAAAUCCAAACCCAUCUCAUAGUGAUUUUGGCUGCUAGAAUUCUACACAACCAAUGAUGAACCCCCUCCUUCAGGAGACCAAAGAGGAGGGAACAAAUGAAAAAUGGAAAUUACUUCCUUGAACCAAUUUCUCCAACCUUUGCCCCGUUACAAAUUUAUAUGAAGAUUUUAUUGGCUAAAAACUAUUUGAUUCUGAGUUGGUUUAGAAUCUUUUCCAAAGAUUCUUUCACUUAUUACAGCUGAACAGGAGCUCCCAAUAUGGCUUAUAGUCACCAUUUCAGAUGGCAUCAUGUAGAUCACUUUUAUCCAUCACUAGGUUUUUUGAACUUGCCCUUUAUGUUUUUAAGAGGUGCCAGGGGUACAUUUUUGCACUGAACUCUAAGGUUGUUUUAAAAAAAAAAAAAAACAGACCACACACUUUUCACAAAAGUAGUCCUUUGUCAUUAUCUUAUUUACUCAUGUGUUUGUACAUUUUUGUAUGUUAAUUUAUGAAUGAUUUUUUCAGUAAAAAAAAAAUACAUAUUCAAGAAU